AUGGUGAUGGCAAUAAAUUUUUGUUCAAUCCUGUCCCUAACUGUUUGCACGUUCUUUAUCCUUUUCCCUCAAUCAAUAUUUUCACAAAAUGCCUCAAUUCUGGGGUCUGAAUCAGAUAAAGUUGCACUUACUGAAUUCAAGUCUCAAUUGAAUCAAGAAUCCCCUGGAAUCCUGGAUUCUUGGAAUGAAACUGUUCAUUUCUGCAAAUGGCCUGGAAUUACAUGUGCCCAUAAAUCCCAAAGAAUCAUUAAGCUGGAUCUUGAAAAGAAGAAUUUGAUUGGGAAAAUGUCAUCCCAUUUGGGAAAUCUUUCUUUUCUUCAGACUCUUAAUCUUGCAGAAAAUUUCUUCCAUGGCAAAGUUCCUUCAGAACUUGGUAGACUAUUUAGGCUUCAAAAUCUGAAUUUGAGUUUCAAUUUCUUGGAAGGAGAAAUUCCAGGGAAUUUGUUGAACUGUUCCAAUUUGGAAAUUCUCGUUCUUGAAAACAACAAUUUCACAGGUCAAAUUCCUGUUGGCGUCGGAUCACUCUUCAGGCUUGAAAAAUUGUAUCUUGGAAGCAACAAUUUUACAGGAAAACUGCCAAAUUCUUUAGGAAAUAUUACAGUUUUGCACGAGAUUGAUUUAACUUAUAACAAUCUUGAGGGAGAGGUUCCUAAUGAAAUUUCUCAGUUAAAAAAUCUGACACUUUUUGCUGUUGGAGCAAAUAUGUUUAGUGGUCCUUUUCCUCUUCCUCUGUACAACCUGUCAUCACUCAAGUUCAUUGUUGUUACUUUAAAUAACUUCCAUGGAGAUCUGAGGAUCGACAUAGGGCUCGUAUUCCCCAAUCUUCAGGCAAUGAUCUUGGGAGGAAAUGCAUUUACUGGGGAAAUCCCAGUUUCCUUGUCAAACAUUUCAAAUCUUCAAAACCUUGAUCUUGCUCGAAAUGCCUUCACGGGAAACAUUCCAUUUAGUUUUGGAAACUUGCACAAUCUGUUACGUCUUCAAGUUUUCUCAAAUAAUCUGGGAAGUGGAUCAAAAGAUGAUUUAAGAUUUCUUGCAUCGUUGGCUAACUGUAGCCAGCUAACUCGUCUGGAUAUCAGCAACAACCAAUUUGGAGGACAAUUGACAGGUUCAUUAGCCAAUUUAUCAUCGCAAUUGAGUUGGCUAAACAUUCACAAGAACAUUAUUAGCGGAACCAUCCCGGAAGAAAUAUCAAUUCUUGUCAGCCUGUCUACACUUGCAACGGGGCAAAACUUCUUGACAGGUAAUAUUCCAGCUUCAAUUGGAAGGCUUCGAAACCUGAGAUCCCUAUACUUGCGUUUCAACAAUUUUUCCGGGGAGAUCCCAUCUUCUCUUGGAAAUCUUACUCAAUUACUAUAUCUUCGUUUAGAAAACAACGGAUUUGAAGGAAGCAUUCCACCAAGUUUAGGAAACUUUCAGAAUCUCCAAGAAAUAGACUUGUCUGGUAAUAAUAUAAAUGGAACCAUACCUUCUGAAGUUCUCAGUCAACCCACUCUUUCAAGAACCCUCAAUUUGUCUCACAAUUCUUUAACUGGUCCAUUACCACGGGAAGUUGGACAAUUAACAUUUCUUAUUGCACUUGAUGUGUCUCAUAACAGUUUGUCUGGAGAAAUUCCAAGCAAUCUUGGGCUAUGUUUGGCCUUGGAAACACUAUAUAUGCAAGGAAAUUUCUUCCAAGGAUCCAUUCCAGACCUCGGGAAGUUGAUGGGUCUUCUUUAUUUAGAUCUAUCAAAGAAUAACCUCGAGGGCAAAAUUCCAUCAUAUAUGGAAAAAAUUUCUUCUUUACUGUAUUUGAAUAUUUCAUUUAACGUGCUUGAAGGUGAAGUACCUAUACUAGGUGUGUUUAAAAAUGCAAAUGCAGUAGAACUUUAUGGAAACAAUGGACUCUGUGGUGGGAUUCAAGAAUUUCAUUUGCAUACCUGCUUGAUGGAAAAAUCAAGAACCUCGGAAAAACGAAUUGGUCUCAAAUGGAUCGUAGUGAUUAUCGUUAUCCCUUUGUGUUUAGCUUUAAUACUGCUUCUCGUUUUACUUCGCUCGAAAAAAUCAAGAACAAAACUCAGUUCAAGGCCUUCAUUCGGCCACUUCUAUCCGAAGUUGACUUACAAGGAGCUGUGGAAUGCAACCGAGGGAUUCUCUUCGGAGAAUAUGAUUGGUUCAGGCAGUUCAGGUACUGUGUACAAAGGAAUUCUUGGACCUAGUGAAAUAGCCAUUGCAGUUAAGGUUCUUAACCUUCAACAAAGAGGGGCUUUAAAAAGCUUUUUAGCCGAAUGCAAAGCCUUGAGGAACAUCCGACACAGGAACCUCGUAAGUGUCCUAACUGUGUGCUCAAGUAUCGAUUUUAAGGGCAAUAAUUUCAAAGCCAUUGUAUACCAACUUAUGCCAAAUGGUAGCUUGGAAAAAUGGAUACAUCCAGAAGAUGGAGAAAGAGGAAAAUGUUUAGAUAUUCUUCAAAGAAUGAAUAUUGCAAUCGAUGUUGCUUCUGCGUUGCAAUAUCUUCAUCAUCUGUCUCAGAUUCCUGUGGUUCAUUGUGAUCUCAAGCCUAAUAACGUGCUUCUGGAUGAAGCUCUUUCUGCAUAUGUUAGUGAUUUUGGUUUGGCAAAACUCCUUUUGAAGUCAAAUGAGGAAGUUAAUUUGGUUAGCUCAGUUGUCAUCAAAGGAACCAUAGGAUAUGCUGCUCCAGAGUACUCCAUGGGAGGUCAGUCAUCAACCGAAGGAGAUGUGUACAGCUAUGGAAUUCUCUUGUUGGAGCUUUUCACCGGACGAAGCCCUACUGAUAGACAAUUUAUAGACGAUUUGAAUCUUCACAAUUUUGUGAAACUAUCACUACCAGAUCAGGUAAUGAAGAUUGUUGAUCCAUCAAGCUUGAAUGAGAAUUGUGCACAAGAUUUUCAAAACUGGACUGUGGGUUGGGUAGAAGGAUUACUAACAAGAGAACAAACUGACUGUUUGGUAUCCCUUUUCUACAUCGCACUCGCCUGUUCAGAAGAACAUCCAGGAAACCGAUUGAACAUGAUGCAGGUUUUGGAGGGAUUGCUUUCUAUUAGAGAAAAGUUUCAACAAAACUGA